AUGAACUACAUAUCUCUUAGAACGGUGCCAGUUAUUCUUCGUAAUAGAUAUAAAAAAGUUGUGGUAAACGCAUUGCUUGACGAUGGAAGUACCAAGACAUAUUUGAACUCUGAUGUAGCGGCUGAGUUGCCACUGCAAGGUAAAACCGAAAAGCUAGCUGUAAACAUGAUAAAUGGAAAAAUUGAUUCUUUUGAAACGAUGCCGGUAGAAUUUCAUUGGAAACAUCUAAAAAAAAUUGAAUUCCCAAAUAUUGGACCAAAACCAAAAAUUAACAUUCUAAUUGGUGUGGAUUACGCUGAGCUGCACUGUGCAAUUAAGGAAGUAAAAGGAGGAUUUAAUGAACCAGUGGCUCGACUCACGCCGCUCGGAUGGAUAUGUGUUGGUGGUACUGGUAAAUCUCUUCAAACCCAUUUUGCGAUAAUAACAUCUAGUACAAAGGAAAUAGAAGAUGCAAACAACACCAUUAAAAAAUUAUUGGAAAUUGAAGGCGACGAAGAGAUGCAAUUCAGAAAAACAAUGACAAGUCCAGAAGACUCUACCGCCCUUAAUAUAGUAACUAAUUCGCUAAAAACUGAGAACGGAAGAUAUGAGCUAAAAUUACCAUGGAAAGAUAAUAGACAUUUGGACAAUAAUUACACAAUGGCGUUAAAUAGAUUACAAAAUACGGAAAAACAGCUAAUGAAAAACAAAAGUCUAGGAGAAGAGUACAAUAAUAUUAUUAAGCAGUAUCAAGAAAAGGGAUACUUGGAGAAAAUCAAUAAAACGGAUCUUGGUGAUGGUUGGUACUUACCACAUUUUCCAAAUCUUCGUCCUGAUAAAUCAACUACAAAAGUCAGAAUUGCGUUUGAUGGAUUUGCAAAAUAUAAUGGUAAAUCAAUUAAUGAUGUUAUUUAUCAAGGUUCAAAACUUCAACAAGACCUUGUGACUGUUUUGCUGAGAUUUCGAAAAUACCCAGUGGCUUUAGCUUGUGAUAUAGCAGAAAUGUAUUUAAAAAUUGAAAUACAUAAAGAUGACCAAAGGUAUCAACGAAUUUUAUGGAGAAACCUAGAUUCAACUGCCGAGCCUGAGGUAUUUCAGUUUAAUCGGCUUGUAUUUGGAAUCAACUCAGCGCCUUUUAUAUCUCAAUUUGUAACGCAAGAACACGCAAGAAAGUAUGCAAAAAAAUUCCUUUGGCUUCUGAAGCUGCUCUUGAAGCAACUUACAUGGACAAAACAAUAA